AGCAGCAGCCGGGCAGAGCAAUCUUCUUCUUCGAUCUCUCGUCAUUCAUCAAUGGCCAAGAUCCAGCCCCUUCCUUCCUCUCCCUGCUCCACCUCUUCCUACGGAAACCAACAGAGCUCGCAGGCUUACACGGUGUGGAUGAAGUCGCUGGUCUUCAACGGCAACGGCUGCGCGGUGUACGGCCCAGACGGCGCCGUCGCCUUCCGCGUCGACAACUACGGCUGCAGGGGCGGCCGCGAGGUCCUCUUCAUGGACCGCGCCGGCAACGCCCUCAUCAGGAUCAGGCGCAAAGGCUUCGGCAUGUUCAGGAGGUGGGAGGUCUCCCGCUGCGCCCACAACGGCGGCCAGGACGAGGAGGCAACGCCGUGGUUCAGAGUGCGCCGGGCCGAGAAGGGCGGGGCCGCCGUGGCGAUGCACGGCGGCGCGGGGACGUGCUACACGAUGGACGGAUGCUGCGCGCGCAAGCCGGAGUACAGAAUCCGCGACGUGGAUGGCACGGUCGUGGCGGAGGUGGCGCGGAAGCAGACGACGGCGGGUGUGGUGCUCGGAGAGGACGUGCUGACGCUGACGGUGGGGCCGGAGGUGGGCCACCUGCUCGUCUUGGGCUUGGUCGUUGUGCGUGGCCUCAUGAACGGAUCCAUGUGAUGGAUGAAUUCCACUCAAAAAAAAAAAUGUGAUGGAUGAAUGCAACGGGUGCUCGUUCUCCGGUUCUCCUGGCGAAAAUCUCCAAUUUUGUACGUACAACUAGUUUAGAGUAGCCGAGAGCUUGUUUCACACGAACAUUUAGAAGCCAUUUUGGGAACAUUUUUAGCCAAACUGAGGACAUGAAAACUCUUUUUGGUGGAUGUUUUUUCACCCUUUAU